UGAUUGGUUGAUUUGGUUUUUACAAGUGUUUGGAACAAGUUGAUAAAGUAUUAUAAUGUCGGCACCAACAACACCAGAGCAGCCAGGGCCCUCUUCUUCUUCUCCAAAAAAACCUGGAGAUGUUUCGACAGCUAUACUGGACAGGAAGAAGGCACCCAAUAGACUUAUCGUAGAUGAAGCAGUAAAUGAUGACAAUUCAGUAGUUACCUUAUCACCCGCUAAAAUGGACGAGCUGGAGCUCUUUCGUGGUGACACCGUUCUUUUAAAGGGAAAGAAGAGAAGAGACACGGUUUGCAUAGUGCUUGCAGACGAAACUUGUGAAGAUUCAAAGAUAAGAUGCAAUAGAGUUGUUAGAAACAACUUGCGUGUUAGGCUUGGUGAUAUUGUUUCUAUCCACCAGUGUCCUGAUGUUAAAUAUGGACAAAGGGUUCAUAUUUUGCCUUUUGAAGACUCUAUAGAGGGUCUUACUGGAAACUUGUUUGAUACUUAUUUGAAACCCUACUUUUUGGAAGCAUAUAGACCUGUGAGAAAAGGAGAUACUUUUCUUGUGAGAGGAGGAAUGCGUGCUGUGGAGUUUAAAGUAGUUGAAACAGACCCUGGAGAAUAUUGUAUAGUUGCUCCAGACACAGUUAUUCACUGCGAAGGAGAACCGAUAAAGAGAGAGGAUGAGGAGAGACUGGAUGAUGUUGGAUAUGACGAUAUCGGAGGCUGUAGAAAGCAGCUUGCCCAAAUAAGAGAACUUAUCGAGCUUCCUAUUAGGCAUCCUCAGCUAUUCCGCAGUGUGGGUAUCAAACCACCAAAGGGUGUUUUGCUUUAUGGACCUCCUGGAAGUGGAAAGACUCUGAUUGCUAGAGCUGUUGCAAAUGAAACUGGUGCCUUUUUCUUUUUGAUUAAUGGACCGGAAAUUAUGUCCAAGUUAGCAGGAGAGUCGGAGAGUAACCUUCGAAAGGCUUUUGAAGAGGCCGAAAAGAAUGCUCCUUCCAUCAUUUUCAUUGAUGAGAUAGACUCUAUUGCUCCAAAGAGAGAGAAGACUCAAGGAGAAGUCGAACGUAGAAUAGUAUCGCAGUUACUUACUUUGAUGGAUGGUUUGAAAAGUCGAAGUCAAGUUAUGGUUAUUGCUGCUACAAAUAGGCCCAACUCUAUUGAUCCUGCACUUCGUCGCUUUGGAAGAUUUGAUAGAGAAAUUGAUAUAGGAGUACCGGAUGAAAAUGGACGUUUGGAAAUCUUGAGAAUCCAUACUCGUAAUAUGAAACUAGACCCAGAUGUUGAUUUGGAACGUAUUGCAAAGGAUACGCAUGGUUACGUAGGUGCCGACAUUGCUCAGCUAUGCACAGAAGCUGCAUUUCAGUGUAUCCGUGAGAAAAUGGACCUUAUUGAUCUGGAGGAUGAACACAUCGAUGCAGAAAUUCUGGAUUCAUUGGCUGUAACACAAGAACAUUUCAAAUUUGCCUUGGGACAAAGCAAUCCGUCAGCAUUAAGAGAAACACAUGUGGAAAUUCCGAAUGUUACUUGGGAAGAUAUUGGUGGUUUGGAGGAAGUCAAAGUGGAACUACAAGAAACGGUGCAGUAUCCUGUUGAGCACCCAGAAAAGUUUGAAAAGUUUGGGAUGCAACCUUCGAAAGGUGUUCUGUUUUAUGGGCCUCCAGGAUGCGGAAAGACUUUGCUUGCCAAAGCAAUAGCCAACGAAUGUCAAGCCAACUUCAUUUCUAUCAAGGGACCUGAAUUAUUGACAAUGUGGUUUGGUGAGUCAGAACAUAACGUUCGUGAAGUUUUCGACAAGGCAAGACAGGCUGCGCCAUGUAUUCUCUUCUUUGAUGAACUGGACUCCAUCGCCAGAUCUCGAGGUUCUUCAGCAGGAGAUGCUGGUGGUGCAGGUGAUAGAGUUAUCAAUCAAAUAUUGACUGAAAUUGAUGGUGUUGGAGAAAGGAAAAGCGUAUUUGUUAUUGGAGCAACCAAUCGACCAGAUAUCUUAGAUCCCGCAAUUACGAGACCAGGAAGAUUGGAUCAGCUCAUUUACAUUCCACUACCAGACCACAAGAGUCGUGUUCAGAUAUUUAAAGCAGCACUUCGAAAGAGUCCGAUUUCUCCCGACGUUGACUUUGAAGCUUUGGCUGCAGCUACAGCCGGAUUUUCUGGUGCGGAUAUUACUGAAAUAUGCCAGCGAGCUUGUAAACUUGCAAUAAGAGAAGCAAUCCAGAAGGAAAUUGAACUUCAGAAGCAGAGGGAAGUCAACCCCGAUUCUAUGGAAGAGGAAGUUGACCCUGUUCCCAUGUUAACCAGGAAACACUUCGAAGAGAGUAUGAAGUUUGCAAGACGGUCAGUAACAGAUGCCGAUGUACGUCGCUAUGAAAUGUAUGCCCAGAAUAUUCAAGCGACCAGAGGAUUCGGUGGCGGUUUCAAGUUUUCUGAUGCACCUUCCUCUGAGAACAAUCAGGGCAAUACUGGUGAUGAAGAUCUCUAUUCGUGAGAGAAAUCUCUUGAAUCCUUGCAAAUUAUUGCUGUGUCGCGUUUUGUUGGAAU